AUGGCGGCGCGGGGUGGAGGGAGCGGCGCGCGCGCCGCGCCCGCAGCCUGGCCCGGGAGCGCCACCGCAGCGCAGGGGCUGCUGGAGGGUCGCCGCUGCCGCUACCUGUGCACGGGCAGGGCCUGCUGCCAGGCGCUGGAGGCGCUGCUCGCCCUGCUCAUCCUCGUCUGCGGCUGCGUGUCCCUCGGGCCCCCGGGCGGCUACACGGGCCUCGCCGACCUGGGCGGCCUCUACUACUACCAGUUCGGCGGGGCCUACAGCGGCCUGACCGGCGCGGACGGGGAGCGCGCGCGGCGCCUGGACCAGCAGCUGGGCGCGCUGAAAGCGCCGCUCGCGCGGGCCGUCGUGGCCGGGGGGGCGGCGCUGGCGGCCGCCGCCGCCCUCAAGCUCCUGGCGGGCGCCCUGCGGCUGCCCUGGCGCCUCCCCGCUUGGCUGCUGCUGGAGGGCGGCCUGGACGUGGCGGUGGCGGCCGCCCUGCCGCCCGCCAUGUACUGCUGCUUCCGCGAGCUGCUGGGCGUCUACGGCUCGCCCGUGUGCACGGAGCGGGAGCAGCUCUACGGCAGCAAGGGCUACCAGGGCUUCCGCUGCGGCCUGCAUGGUGCGGAGGUGGCCGCCGGCGUGGCGGGCAGCCUGGCUGUUGUGGCCCACCUGGUGAGCGCCACGCUUGCCCUGCGCGCCUACUGCGCGGUCCGCAGGCUGAAGCGGAAGCCGGCAGCCGCCUGCGGCGCAGAGCCGGGCGGCGGGGCCCGCUGCUCCCGGCCGCCCUGCGCUGUCAGCCUUACUGGAAAGGACAGGGCAGAUCGGUCAGUGCCUCCACAGUAUCUGUUCCUGGCGGCCAAGCUCACCAGCAGGAAUAGAGCCACCCAAGAGGUGGAUGAACUUUAA